AUGUCCAGAAGAAAGAUUCACAAAGAAGAUGAUUUUGACCUACCAGGUGGAGACGUCUUUAAAAGAUCCUUGCAAUUGUUUCAGCAACUGGUUGACAAAACAGUGGCUCAGAAAAGGGAGGAAAGAUUAGGCCUGCAUGUAAAGGAUUAUGAAGGAAUGGAUUAUGAGAAAUUCUUUGAUGCAGUCAAGAGUCUUUUUGGUCCAGAUGUGAAAGCUCAAGACGUUAAAACCUUCUAUAGGAAGAUUAGCAACAACCCAGAUAUGCGGACAGAAUGGUGUGAGAUCUUUGGAUACUACAUGGUAGAAGGUGAUAUUCUUGCUGCCCAGCUUGAUGAAGAAAAUAUGGUUUUCCUGGUAUCCAAAAAGCAACGAAUUGCAAAAGCAGGAGUCAGGAGAGGUGAUGUAAUACGAUGCAUGGUAAAGAUACCUCAACUUGAUUUUUUGCUAACAGCAUCUCAGAAAGGAAUGUUGUCUAUUUUUUCUGGCCAGAUGCGAAUACUAGCAAGCACCAUCAUCCCAGACAGUUCCUGGAUCACUGGAUGUGACUACCUUGGUCAACUGAAGCGUGUUGUUGGUGUGACAGAAAGAACUAUCAUCAUAUGGGAUUAUAAAACACAAGGGAGUGCCCUGGAUAAUUGCUGUAUAAUCAAACCCAUGGAACAUUGCCUCCUCUCUGUUUGUGCCAUUCCUCACCCAUCCGAACUUCUAGUGAAGGAUGACAUCUUGCUGGGGGAUGAUGGUGGAUUUGUUACUUUGUUUACACUUACCAGUGAUGACUUUGGUCUAAAACAAACUAAAUCUAAAAAGAAGCUGAACAUGUUGAUAAUAAAUUCUAAAAAAUUCAAAAGCAUUAAACGUAAACUGCAUGAUGACUGGGUUAUACGAGUAAAAUACAUUCCAGCUUUGAAUUGUUUUGGAUCCUGUUCAUUUGAUAGCAUUCAUUCGUUGGUUUUGGAUGACCUGAAAAGAAUUGAAGACAAUUUACCCGUCAGGGAAUUUUCGAUACCGAGGGGUGUUAAUGCUUUCACGUAUUGUGUAAAAGCCAAUAUCAUUGUUACAGGAGGAGAAGAUAAAAUUCUUCGUUUAUGGCAUCCAAACAUCAACACCAAACCAGUGGGGAAAUUGAUAGGACAUUUAUUUACUAUCACUGAGAUUGUCACCAAUGAAAAGGAUCAAUACAUUAUCAGUCUUUCUACUGCAAAGAUUUUCAGAGUGUGGGAUAUCCAGACACUUUCAUUGAUGCAAGUGUUCCAUGACUCUCAAGGGGCACGCAGGGAGUCGCAAAUUUUUGCUAUGAUAUUUGAUAGUACCCAUGGAACACUUAUUGCAGGAUCGGCAGUCAUCGAUAUUUAUCCUCUCACUCGGAUGAUACAAGACACUAAACAAGUCCCCCAGACCCAUGAAAGGAGCAUCAAUGUGCUGGUUUACAAUAAAGUUUUUCACCAAGUUCUAAGUAUCUGUUCUGAGUCUAUUGUAAAGGUCUGGGAAUUGGAAACAGGACAGUUAAUAUACCAGAUUGAAGAUGCUCAUGGGCCAGGGGUUGAGUUGACAUGUGCAGCAGUUGAUAAAAAUGGAUUUCAUCUUGCUACUGGAGCAUGUGAUGGGACUGUGAAAAUAUGGGAUUUUGGAAGUGGGCAGAUACUUAAAAUGUUGCCCUUAGGCAGGGAAAUCACAGUCAAUGAACAUUGGCUGAUGCAGAUGGUCUACUUGAAAGCCAGUGAGAGUAAGCAUGUGAUCCUGGUCUUGGAGUACAGCGGGAUGAUCAAAAUUGUUCAGGCUAAUCAAGGUGAAGCUUACAUGUCCAUAACUUGGGAACUUCCUGAAGCUGUGUCAUUUGCUUUACAAGGCUAUCCACUCAUUGCCCUAAAACUGUCUCCCAAUGUCAAAAAACCCAAUGGUUUUUUUCCAGAUGUUCAACUACUGCUUGAUACAGAUCUCACAAACACAAAUGCAGAGCUACCUCCUAGGAUUGAAGUCAAGUGCUUUGAUUUGUUAAAAGUAGAAGGUUACAGUUUGUUAGCUACAGCAAGUGCAAAUGGUUCUAUCAUCAUGUGGGAUUUUGAAACUGCCACAGCUACACACAUGUUCAGAGCUCGGCGUGCUAUUCACUCAGAUAGACCUGAAUUACGUAAAAUCAACUGGUUACUAUUCCUGUAUCGAGAUAUUAUGUCUGAGAGGCGUACAAGUGAAUGUUCUUCCUAUUUUGAAGCACAAAGUGAGGAUAUGCCUACACAGGAAGCAGAUGACAAUGUUUCAGUGUUAAAGAUGAAGGUCGCACCAGGGGAUCCUAUGACCCUGGGUUACUACAAACCUCAUAAACAAACAAAGCUUCCAGAUUCUUCCUCAAGCAAAGGAGCAAUACCCAAUAUAUUAUCAUUUGGAAAACAUAAUUAUCAUUCUAUACCCAUACUUGCCUCAGCACAUGAAGAUGGUUUCAUUUAUUUGUGGAGCAUUAUGGGAGAUCUACUGAAAGAAAUUCUGCCAUACACAAAACAUCCUCCAAUUCCUUUGACAGCACUUUGUGCCGAUGGGGCUGCCCAAAUGCUUUAUGCUGCUAAUAAAGAGGGAAAUGUUAUUCGAUGGAAUAUUGGCUCAUUCCUAGAAGAUCAAAAAGAUCCAAACAGGCAUGUAAAGCAACAAAUUUGUUGGCGGGCUCAUUCUGCUAAAAUAGUCAGCCUGUUUUGUGAUGAUGAAAAAUGCCUAGUGGCGACUGCAUCCACAGAUGGUUCUGUCAGACUUUGGCAUUCAAUUCGUGGAGUCUACUUUGGCUAUUUUGGACAGCGCAGAGUGUUUGAAAUUACUGAAUCCUCCGAUAUAAUUUUGCCCUGUGAUGUCAAUGAAAUUCCAUUCACAAUAAAAGAAGAAUCCAAGUUUUUGGAUAAAAAGCAGAAGUUUGAAUAUCCUCUGUUUUUUGACAGGGAAAAAUGGAAGACUAUGACCAAGUCAUCUUUAAACUUGAAAAAGCCUAGCCGACAUGAAGUUGAUCUGGAUUUUAAGUUUUUCAAGUCCCUGGCUUCUCCCAAGGUCAAUAAAACCCCUUUGGAAAGUUUUAAAUCUGGAAACAAAGAAGCUGGUAUUGUAUUUGGAGCUAUACCAAUCUAUAGGGUUGUAACACCUCCAAAGCUGAAAAUAGCUUCUGCUGAUCAAGAUGGUUCUUUUGAAAAUAUGGCCAAGAGAAGCAGAGUUAUUCAAAUUUCUACAUCACGUUUAUCACACCCUCGAAAAGGUGUAAAAACCAGUCAGAUGCCACUGAUGCCCGUUCCUUCCCCCCCACUGCUCUCUGUACAACUCCGAAAAUUGUGAAACAGUAAGAAGUGUUGCAAUGAACAAAGGUGAAAAUAAAAAAGACU